UCAAUACUUUUGGCCAGCUCAAGACAUUGGACUGAUUUUCUCCUCCUCUUUUCAUUUCUUUCCCAUCUUGACAAACUUUUCCCUGCAUUUUCCGAGGUUCAUCCUUCAUAUCAAUCACUCUAUAAAUACUCCGACUACUAAUAUUUGCAUGAUUUAUGGGUGAAUCUUCGGCAUCAUAUAUCCGCAUGGUGCACCAUCUUAUAGAAGAGUGUUUGAUCUUCAACAUGAGCAAAGAAGAGUGCAUGGAAGCUUUGUCCAAGCAUGCAGAUAUUAAACCAGUCAUUACUUCAACAGUUUGGAAUGAAUUGCAGAAAGAGAACAAGGAGUUCUUUGAAGCUUACACAAGUGGUAGGGGUCAAAAAGCAACUGAGAUGGAGCCAAGGCAGAGGAUCCAAAGCAAGUUUAAUGCUUCCAUGGAGGCCAAUGACAAGAACUAAUAUAUAUAUCAUCAAGAAUAUAUCCAAGAUCAAAGGUUGGAAUCAUUCAAAGUAGGUUGCAGCUUAACUUCUUUCAUCUUGAGGUGGUACUGUAUAAAAAUUUAGUUAAAAAUUUAUCGUUAUUAUGAAAGAUGGGGAUGAACAACGAUUUCACGGUGGUACUUCGCUUUGCCUUUAUGUUUGGUAAAACAUGUAAAGGUCUAAUUCUGCUCAU